AUGGUAUCUAGAUCGUACUCAAAUCUGCUGGAGCUGGCGUCGGGGGACGCACCUUCCUUGGGGCGGGUGAGCCACCGGAUUCCCAGAGUGAUGACCGCCGCCGGAAUCAUCUCCGACAUCGACGACGACGAAGACAGCUUCUCCGAUCCAUCCUCCUCCGCCCCGCGCGACCGCACCAUCGUGGUCGCCAACCAACUCCCCGUGCGCGCCCGACGGGGCCCCGACGGCAAGGGCUGGACCUUCUCCCUGGACGAGGACUCCCUCCUCCUCCAGCUCAAGGACGGCGCUCCCGGCGACGACAUGGAGUUCAUCUACGUCGGCUGUCUCCGGGAAGAGAUCCCCCCGGGCGAGCAGGACGAGGUGGCGCAGACGCUCCUGGAGAACUUCCGCUGCGUGCCGGCCUUCCUCCCCCCGGACCUCUUCUCCCGCUACUACCACGGAUUCUGCAAGCAGCAGCUAUGGCCGCUCUUCCACUACAUGCUCCCACUCUCUCCAGAUCUCGGCGGGCGCUUCGAUCGUUCCCUCUGGCAGGCCUACGUCUCCGUCAACAAGAUCUUCGCCGACAAGAUCCUGGAGGUGAUCAACCCCGACGAGGACUUCGUCUGGGUCCACGACUACCACCUCCUGGUGCUGCCCACCUUCCUGCGGAAGCGAUUCAACAGGGUGAAGCUCGGCUUCUUCCUCCACAGCCCCUUUCCCUCUUCAGAGAUCUAUCGGACCCUCCCCGUCCGGGACGAGCUCCUCCGGUCGCUCCUCAACGCGGACCUCAUCGGCUUCCACACCUUCGACUACGCCCGGCACUUCCUGUCCUGCUGCGGCCGCAUGCUGGGCCUCUCCUACGAGUCCAAGCGCGGCUACAUUGGCCUCGAGUACUACGGUCGCACUGUGAGCAUCAAGAUCCUCCCUGUUGGCAUCCACCUGGGGCAGCUCGGCAACGUCCUCGGCCUCCCAGAGACGGAGGCGACGGUCUCCAGCCUCAUCCAGCAGUUUCAGGACCAGGACCGCACCCUGCUCCUCGGAGUGGACGACAUGGACAUCUUCAAGGGCAUCAGCCUCAAGCUCUUGGCCAUGGAGCAGCUCCUCCUCCUGCACCCCGAGUGGCGGGGUCGCGUGGUCCUGGUCCAGAUCGCCAACCCCGCCAGGGGCCGGGGGAAGGACGUCAGAGAGGUCCAGGCGGAGACCGACGCCAUGGUGAAGCGCAUCAACGAGGCCUUCGGCAUGCCGGGCUACCACCCCGUCGUCCUCAUCGAUAAGCCCCUGCAGUUCUCAGAGAGGAUGGCCUACUACGCGGUGGCGGAGUGCUGCCUGGUGACGGCGGUGAGGGAUGGGAUGAACCUAAUCCCCUACGAGUACAUCAUCGCUCGGCAGGGCAGCGAGAAGCUGGACAAGCUACUGGGCGGCGACGCCCCGAAGAAGAGCAUGCUGGUGGUCUCGGAGUUCGUCGGGUGCUCCCCGUCUCUGAGCGGUGCCAUCCGGGUUAACCCCUGGAACGUCGACGCGGUGGCGGAGGCCAUGAUCUCCGCCCUGGAGACGGCCGAGUCGGAGAAGCAGCUGCGGCACGAGAAACACUACCGGUACGUCAGCACACACGACGUGGGCUACUGGGCUCGGAGCUUCCUACAGGAUUUGCAGAGGACCUGCAGAGACCACUCGCGGCGGCGCUGCUGGGGGAUCGGCUUCGGGCUGGGCUUCCGCGUGGUGGCCCUCGACCCCAACUUCAGGAAGCUCUCCAUGGAGCACAUCGUCUCCGCCUACCGGAGGACCAGCGUGCGCGCCAUCCUCCUCGACUACGACGGGACGCUUAUGCCGCAGGCCUCCAUCGACAAGAGCCCCAGCGCCAAGUCCAUCGACAUCCUCAACGCCCUCUGCCGUGACAAGAACAACGUGGUGUUCCUUGUCAGCGCCAGGAGCAGGGGCACCUUGAGCGAGUGGUUCUCCCCCUGCGAGAAGCUCGGGCUGGCCGCCGAACACGGCUACUUCCUCAGGUCGGUACAGUAAGCUCGCCAACCUUCUUCUCUGUUAUUGGCGGCACCGCCAGUUUUACGAGAGAUUCCGUUGAUGGCGCAGGUUGAAGAGGGAAGCGGAGUGGGAGACGUGUGUCCCGGUGGCGGACUGCAGCUGGAUGCAGAUCGCAGAGCCGGUGAUGAAGCUCUACACUGAGACGACGGACGGCUCCACCAUUGAGGACAAGGAGACCUCGCUAGUCUGGUCCUACGAGGACGCCGACCCGGACUUUGGUUCAUGCCAGGCCAAGGAGCUUCUCGACCACCUCGAGAGCGUCCUCGCGAACGAACCAGUCUCCGUCAAGGGCGGCCAGCACUUCGUCGAGGUGAAACCACGGGUAAGUGGUACCGGCUGCUGCUCCUCCCUCUCCGGUUCCUUCUCAUCGUCGGGCGAUUGAGCUCAGCGCCGCCCGUGGGGCUCUUCUUCUUCUUCUUCCUUUUUGAGUAGGGCGUGAGCAAGGGGCUGGUGGCGGAACGGCUGCUCUCCACCAUGCGGGAGAGGUCCAUGGUGCCGGACCUGGUGCUCUGCAUUGGGGACGACAGGUCCGACGAGGACAUGUUCGAGGUCAUCAGCACUGCCGCCGCCGACUCCUCCCUGGCUCCGACGGCGGAGGUGUUCGCCUGCACGGUGGGGCGCAAGCCCAGCAUGGCCAAAUACUACCUCGACGACACCGCGGAGAUCGUGAGGCUGUUACAGGGCCUCGCAUCCGUCUCGCAACAGGAACCCAACAGCUCACUGGCCCUCAUCUGA